UGGUCGCGGAAAGAAGACCCCUUCCAGACUUCCAAUGACACGACUCACACCCACACGCAACAAGAUUAAUUACAUGAAUCCCUCAGUUUUUUAUUCUUUUUUUUUUCCUUUGUUCACUGGUCUUUGCCCCAAUCCAUCUUUUCUCUAUUCAAAUCCAUCUUUUCUCUAUUCAAAUCUCGCACAUAAAGCCAAUUCUGCAUAACAGUUGCCUUUCACGCUUCCAACCAUCUUCUUUAAUUCCACCUUCCCUCCUUACUCUCUCUUCCCCCCCCUCCCUCCUUUAAUUUACUUACUUUAUCUUGGAAAUCAUAUGUUCUUUUACUACCAUCAUUACUCCCUCCCUCCUCCUUUUCCUUUCCUUUCUUUACUAUACUACACUACUCCUACUCUCUCUCUCUCUCUCCCCCCUUUUUCUUCUUCUUUUCUGAUUUUCCGGCUGACUGGUUAUGUCACCGCCGGCGAGGACCAAAAGCGGGAAUGGCGGCGUAGAUAAGCAGUAUCCUCCGCCGCUUGCCACCCACGAUGAAGUUGUUUCUGACCCCAUUGUUUUUUGGGACACUUUGAGGCGUUUCCAUUUUAUGAUGAACACAAAGUUCAUGAUUCCUGUGAUUGGAGGGAAGGAGCUAGACUUGCAUGUUCUAUAUUCAGAGGUUACAAGAAGGGGCGGGCAUGAAAAGGUUGUUGCAGAGAAGAAAUGGAGGGAAGUUGGAAGUGUGUUCAAGUUCUCUCCUACAACCACCAGUGCUUCCUUUGUAUUGAGAAAACAUUAUCUCAGUCUUCUCUACCACUACGAGCAAGUUUACUUGUUCCGCCGCCAGGGCCCCAUCUACGCCCCUCAAGCGCCAUUUUCUUUCGGUAGCCCUACCAGCGAAAACGAAUUGGCUCUGGUGGAAUAUACCCCCAAAACAACGUCGUUUUCGCCUGGUCCGCCUGCUGAAGUCACUGGAACAAUUGAUGGGAAAUUCGAUUGUGGCUACCUGGUGUCUGUGAAAUUGGGAUCUGAGGUUCUGAGGGGAGUUCUUUACCAUCCAGAGGAGCCUACCCCGUCGGAUCUCCGGCCCCAACCUACCAACGCCAUUGUACCGUACACUGGUACCAGACAUCGACACUCUGGUCGGCGGCACCGGAGGAGCCGGAGAAAGGGAGACCCCAACCACCCCAAACCAAACAGAAGUGGGUAUAAUUUCUUUUUUGCAGAGAAGCAUUACAAGCUCAAAUCUCUGUACCCUAACAGAGAGAGGGAGUUCACCAAGAUGAUUGGAGAGUCUUGGAACAACCUCAGCCCUGAAGAAAGGAUGGUAUGUGUGCCAAGCUUUUUCUCUCGAGGUUUCAACAGCUUUAAACUUUGGUGGUUUGAUCAAAUGGGUGUUCUUUCUACUUUAUUAUUAGGUUUACCAAAACAUUGGGCUGAAAGACAAGGAGAGGUACAAGAGAGAGUUGAAAGAGUACAAGGAGAAAAUGAGGCUGGCAAGUGAUGAUGUUCAUGCAGCUAACUAUUCAAAACAGGGAGAGUAGAAGAGGGGAAGGGAAUUCAGCAGUUUGUAGGUUCUUUUUGAGACUGGGAUUUGCUGCACUAGUUAUAUAUGAUAAAGAUUUUGUAUCAUAUCCUCCGACCCCUAUAACUUUAUAUGGCAUACCAUUACCAUAGGUUCUCAUAUCCAAAGUGGCUUGGCCUCAAGUUUUACACCCACUUCGAAGUUCACUCUGGAACUGUCAUUUUAUAGUUUCUUGGAACUUUUUGCUUCUUCUUUACCCAUGGGAUGGUGAGAUCUUUCUUAUUUCUUUUUUUGUUCUUCCCUGGAGUCGGAGACAUCAGAUGCUCUAUGAAGACCCCUUCCAUCCAAGGACGAGGAAGCCAACUAAAUGAGAAGCUUUUGAAGAAAAAAGGCUUCUUCCUUCUGGGCUGCCACAUUAGAGUAGAAUAUGCCAACGGUCAAAUGAAAAAUGAGAUUUGCAGUAAUCUAAAGUUUUGUUUGAAGUCACUAUUAGAUUGUUUCAGUUCUCAAUUUUUCAUUCAAUAUGUUCGGGAAUUUUUACUC